UCCCCUUGGCUUUUUCUUUUCCCAAUGAGCUCCACCGGGCUGGGGGAGGAGCGGGGGAAGGAGCAAACUUUGCCCCUGAGCUGCCGCCGCUGCCAGCCCUCUGGACUGUGAGUGCGUACGGUGGGCACCCGCCCCAGCCUCCCUGCAGCACCAGCCCGCUCUCCGCCUGCUGCAGCCUCCCUCUCCCUCGCUUUCCUCCUCUAAAUUUCGCACAGUACGAUGUAGGGGGCUUGUCGUUAUUUCUUUUUUCAAUUAUUAUUUAUUUUUCACCGAAGAUGGUUUAAUUUUUUUUUAUAUUCCUAUUAUUUAUUAAUCCCUCCCAACCGUAAACCUGCCCAACCUUCUGCCAGCUUGGCCAGAGCAUAAAGCCUGGGACUGCACCUGGGGCAAUGAGCCCUGCACUGAAGAAGCCUCCUAGAGGGAUGUGCCGGGGCCGCGCAACAGACUAGAUCCAAGCCCCGAAGCUCACACCACCAGUUAUCCCUUCUCCCUCAGCCCCUGCGCCCGCCUUUUCUGCGCCCCAUCCCCCUGAAAGCUCGGACCAGUGCUUGCGUCGCGCUCCGGAGAGCUCUGCCGGGGGAACAGCCCGGUGCCCGAGGACAGACGGGGCGGCCGUGCUAGAUGCAUGGGGGAGGGCUCCGGUUAAUGCAAGUUCUGGGCUCCUGCAGGGACCCCGACAACUGUCAGCAGCAGCAGCAAUUCGGGCCCUCCUCCUCUGCUUCCUCAGCGAUGCUUUUCCACAGUCUUUCCGGCUCGGAGAUGCACGGGGUCAUCGACGAGAUGGAUCGGAGAACCAAAAGCGAAGCACCGGCCAUCAGCUCGGCUAUAGACAGGGGAGAGACGGAAACGCAGACCAUGCCUUCCAUCAGCAGUGACAGGGCUGCCCUGUGUGCCGGCUGCGGGGGGAAAAUCUCCGACCGUUAUUACCUCCUGGCUGUGGAUAAACAGUGGCACAUGCGCUGCCUGAAGUGCUGUGAAUGUAAACUCAACCUGGAGUCCGAGCUCACCUGCUUCAGCAAGGACGGCAGCAUCUACUGCAAGGAGGACUACUACAGGAGGUUUUCGGUUCAGAGAUGUGCGAGGUGUCACCUGGGGAUUUCUGCCUCCGAGAUGGUCAUGAGGGCCAGGGAUUUGGUAUAUCACUUAAAUUGCUUCACUUGCACCACUUGCAACAAGAUGCUGACCACUGGCGAUCACUUUGGCAUGAAGGACAAUCUGGUGUACUGCCGCCUCCAUUUCGAGACUCUCAUCCAGGGGGAGUACCAGGUGCAUUUCAAUCACUCGGAUGUAGCCGCUGGGAAGGGCCCGGCUUUGGGAGCGGGCUCUGCCAACACUUUGGGACUGCCUUAUUACAACGGCGUGGGGACUGUCCAGAAGGGGAGACCCAGGAAAAGGAAAAGCCCAGGGCCUGGAGCAGAUCUGGCAGCCUACAAUGCAGCUUUGAGCUGCAAUGAGAACGACGGGGACCACCUGGACAGGGACCAGCAGUACCCCAGCAACCAGAAAACCAAGCGCAUGAGGACGUCCUUCAAACACCACCAGCUGCGGACAAUGAAGUCAUACUUUGCUAUCAACCACAAUCCCGACGCCAAGGACUUGAAACAGCUGGCUCAGAAGACUGGCCUCACCAAAAGAGUUCUUCAGGUUUGGUUUCAAAAUGCUCGAGCCAAAUUCAGACGGAACCUCUUACGUCAAGAAAACACAGGGGUGGAUAAGACUUCAGACUCCACACUGCAAGCAGGGACCCCGUCAGGCCCUGCCUCAGAAAUAUCCAAUGCCUCCAUGAGUCCAUCCAGCACUCCCACGACUUUAACGGACUUGACUAACCCCACCAUGCCUACUGUGACGUCUGUCCUGACAUCAGUGCCCGGGAGCCUUGAGGUUCAUGAAUCUCGAAGUCCUUCACAGACAACUCUUACAAAUCUUUUCUGAUGACUCUUUCUUAAUAAUUUCUUUAAAAAAGAAAUUAUUCUUAGCUGAAAUUCCAAGUGUAUUUUAAUAGAGGCUUUGAGCAACUGACUAACCACAAUUAGGAUCUCUCCUAAAACAACAGAAGGAAAUGUAGUGUUCUGGUAUUAUGGAGUACGGACCGAGGAAUAACUUGGAAGAUCUAUUGCAACACAACAUUUGUGUAACUGUACAGUUUUGUGGACUGAGCAAGGGAAACAGCAAUUAAUUUAAGUUGGCUAAAGCUUCUGUAUUUUCAAAGACUGCCAUGUGCCUUAUAUACUGUUUUAUCUACAUUCUUUGGAUUCCAUGUCCACUUCUCUCUUUUUCUCUCUGUAUAUUUAUGACCAGGGCAAAAAUGUUAAAGAGUUUGUUACUUUGGGUAGUCCUAAGCCUUUCAUUGUUGCUUUGUUGUUUUAGAAUUUUAAGGUCGAAGUCUGUUCGAAUACCAGAAUUUGUAAAAUCUAAUCAGUAAUAAAACCACUUAUGGAAACUACUUGGUAACGGCUGCAGUUACAUUUAACAUUAGUGUCACAGUCGAGGUAGGCUGAGUGGGUGUAAAAGGGUUAGAAAACUGCACUUCAAACACAGUAUCUGCCUAGGAAAAACCCUAAAUAUGAUGUACACAUUCCUCCCGUUCCUGAAGUAUGUAUGGCGAGAACUCCAGCUUGUGCAACAGUCUAGGUAUCCUCAUUGUAGAGAAAUAAAUGUUAGUUGCAGGUAGAAGUUAUCAGAUAAUGUUAAAAUUCAAACAGAAAACUGUCCUUGAUUUUGCUGUGUGGAACAAGCCUGGCUUCAGCCAGUGUGAGAAAGCAGCCUGGGGCUUGUCCCGUGGGCACUGCGAAAUGCUUUCCCUGGGAAAGGGGCAGAAGUAUUUCAGGUCGAUUUACAACAUCGGUGGGCAAAGUCGAGGCAAAAUUAUGUUCUAUGAAGUCACUGCCUUACAUUUUUUGUAAUGCUUUGAAGGAAUAAAAAGCCAAGGAAGAACAUUGACACUGAUAAAAGUGGUUAUUCCUUUAAUCAUUAUGGACCUUUCAGUACGAUUCAAUUCCUUCUCCCCAAAAAUCUCUGCAGAAUAUAACUCAUAUUUUGAGUUUUUUCCCUCUUGUUUCUGAAGAUGCUUUUCUGUAAUUAAAGAAAUACCUCAGCAAAGUUAAACGUGUAUAAGAACGAGUCUACACUGCGCUGUUUGCCCAGUAGGUUUGGAGGUUUGGAGUGGUACAUAAGAUGCAGAUGGCUGUUCCUUUUCAAACCUGUUCCAAUCAGUUAUUUCAGUCAGAUGCUGGGUUAUGUGUGGCCAGCUCUCUAAAACUAAUCCCUCGUUCCCAUUGGAUCAGAAUUACUGAAAGAUUAUUCCGAAUAAACAGCAAGAGGGGUGCCAAGAUUCGUGUUCUUUGCCCUUCUCAGGGCAUUGAAGAUGAUUUUGCAGGCUGGACUCUCUGCUAACAAUGUUUUGGUUUUAAAAGCGCCACAUUUAUUCCACUUUCUGAGCUGAAAAUUUGCCAUUCUUGUGCAAGCCAAAUUCCUGUCGAGAUCAGGGAGAGAUUUCAGAGCAUAAGGACUGUGGGAUAGAAUCGCUGACAUAAUUAGGUCAUUUAUUAACCUUUUUUACACUUCAGCUUAAAAAACCCCACAGGUGAGCUAUGGGAAAAGCAAGGUAGUCCUCAAAAGAUGAAAACUAGCUGAGAUCUGUGAGAGGGAUUAAGGUCUGGUCACCAAACCCAAGGGGCUGGCAGAGCCCUUUGAGUUUGUGCACAGGGAUCAGACACUAAAAACGAUAAUUUGGGCUGAAUUAAUAACUGUUACAGGUUUGUCCAGGACAUUUUCCCUCGUAAUCCAAGUGUCUAACAAGGACAUUGUGCUGGUUGCUGGACGGUAACAGAGCACAGAUCUGCCUUUCAAAGCUGUUCUGGCACGGAGAUUCUGCUCUUUGUAACGUUUUGCUCAUUGUCACUCACCUUGGAGGUUGUAUUUUUCUUUUUACGUGCUUAGCUGGAUCUUUUCUUGAUUUAAAAGGCAAUUUUGGUCUGCUGUUAAAUGGUUACAGCCCGUAAUUAAACCCCUGUGUAUUAACCUGUAAACAGUUUGACAAAGCUGACUCCUGAAUUCUGAAGUGUGACGGCAAAUGUAGCGGAAAACAACUCCAGUGGUUCUUUCCACCUGUACUGCUGUUGUUUGUGGUCUUGUGUUCAGCUACCUGACUCCACGUGGAUGGAAGUUCCUUUCAGAUCAGUUCUCACUAUUGCCUUUUCAGAUACCUGGCGCCCAUGGAGGGGAAUAUUCUUGUGUUAAUCUUACCUGCAACCUAUACGAGACAAUUAGAGAAAUUGUCUGGUUUAAUCAAAUCAGGGAUUUUGCAUAUAAAUAAGAGACAAUAUUCUAUGUAGGGUCUUUAUGUAGGUGCAUUAGGAUUCACUCUGGCUCCGAUGGCCUAUGUUGUCCCCAUGAUUGUUUCAAUCCUGUGGUAUUGUUUGGUUGUUUAGAGCUUGUUGGUUUUGAAUGCUGUACAUUUUUUUACUACUGCAAUCCUGAUGUUUCUUCACAUUCUUGUACAGUUCCACAUUUGAUGUAUUAGUCUGGAAUUCUGUUAAAAACAUGAACAAAAAUGGAAAUGA